AUGGCUACGGGCGCCUCUCGCCCUCUCCGUUCUGCACUCCUCCUCCUCCAAUUUAGGUGUGCGACCAUAGCUAAGGGCCGCCUCCUCCUAUCCAUCCUUCCAAUCUGGAGCAUAGGUGGAGAGCCUGGUUGUGCGCGGCGGAGAUGGCGCCCCGCGUCGGCGCCCCGUAAUCCUACACGGAGCUCUGUCGAGGCCAUGACAUCCCCACCCAGAUUAAUUAAGGAAUCAAUAUCACGAUGGUGCAUGCUUGAUGCAGCAGAGGAUCACAGGUGUAUUGCCGGCAGUUUCAAUUUAGCCAGGCGGUUGCCAUCAUCGUUAGACUUCACUGGAAGAACUGCAAUGGCUCUUUGUUCCAGCCAUAUCCGAUCUCCCGAGCCAGAGCUUUCAGGUCACUACAACACACUGUUUUCACGUCGCAUCGCACCAGCUCCUGCUACAUUAAAACUAAAAUCAUAUGGGAAUCAGUGCGAUUUACAAGGACUCUUUGGGGAGAUACUUUGCAACUGUGAAACAGCAAUAAAUCAUAUUAGCGCUGAUUUGGGGAGUAAAGCUCUUCGAGCAAGUGACAAAUCAAGUCUUUCAAGCUUCUCAAAGAUGGUGACCUGGAGUGGUUUGACUGGAAGCUUAAAAGCAAUUAAAGUGAAGAGAGGAAUCAAACUUUUAAAGCCACUCUUGCCAUUUGUGGACUGUUCCUGCUUGUUGGUGACUGCUUUUGCGAGUAUGUUCACUCUCAUCUAG